AUUGAAAAGUGUAUCAAAGAAUGCGUAGUUUUCUGUGAAAUUAAUGUUGUUAAUCAAAAAUUAAAAAAAUUAAAAUCCAUCGAAACAUCUAUAUUUUAUUAAGUUCGGGCCACCCACAAAAAUAAAUUCAAAAUUUCAAUACAAUAUCAAGUGAAUAAAAGCUGAUUGAAAAUAAAGCCUUAAAGAAUUCACAUACGAGGUGAUAUUUUUGUUUGUAUGUGCGAAAAUAUUUUAUUUAGAAAGAAAAAUUUUUUUAAAUCAAACAAUCGGAGUCACACGUCACAUAUGUCACGUAGAUAAAUAAUACAAAAUAAACAGAGUCAUUGCAGGACAUAAGUGACACAGGCUAUAUUUAUUUUUCUUCUUAAAAUUUAAUUUAAAUUAAAAAUUUUUGGUGUUUUUAUAUUCAUUCAAUGUUCUUCCAUCACGUCAUAUUUGUUUUGACAUAAAGUUAUGCAAUCAAAGCAAUGAUAAAUAAUAAUGAGUGUCAUGUCAUCAGUGUUUGUGAAGCUAGUGUUGAAAAGGAGCUUUUUGGUGAGGAAUACAAGCCAUCAAUUUAUAAUAUUUCAAGUUAAACCUAGAUAUUAUUCAAGAAAACGUAAUCAAAUUGGUACAUAUGGUCCGUUUAAAAUUGUUAAAGCUGAUCAAUUAUGUGAUGAGUCGGGUAAUUUAAAUCAUGUAAAUAAUAUAAAUUGGGAAUUAUUUGCAACAAAUGGUUAUCCAUUUUUUAUGCCUGGUAAUGUUGGUCCUGCAUGGCAAAAUACCGAAACAUCUGAAUCAUUUGUACAACUCAUUGCAUCAACUUUAGCUGCCGCAACAAAUCAACAACCAUUAUUUAAAAUUCAUCAUUCGUCGUCAUCGAAUCAGAAACAGCAAACAAAUAGAAAUAAUAAAUUAAAACCAUCAAAGAAGACGGCUACAAAUAAAACAGAAAUAAAAUCAAAUAAAAAUAGCGUAGAAACACAAUGUGAUCUAGAUAAAGAUAGUAAAGAUUUAAAGAUAAAAAAGACUUCUACAACUACAAAUAAUAAUAAUAAAAGUAAUGAAAACCAAUUAUCAUGUAUAGUAAAUGAAUGUCCAAUGGUAUUACGUAAAGGUGUUAUUGAAUUAUUUGGUAAUACAAAUGGUGGACGUUUAGUUGAUUUAAAAAGUUCAAUAUUAACUGUUGUUACUUUGGUACAAUAUCCUAAAAAUAUUUAUCAACGUAGUACAACGGAUACAGAAUUGAAUAUUGAAAAUGAUGAUGAUAUUAUUGAGAAACUAGCUAAAAAUUUUGUGCUGGCUGCCCAAGAUAUAUGUAUGACAUUAACUAUAAUGGGAUAUUGGGCUGAUUUUAUAAAUCCAUUUAGUGGUAAACCAUAUUUUUCAUCACAAACGUCGUCAUUAACAUCAUCAAUAUAUAAUACAGAUCAACGAUUUCGUUGUUUGGAUUUUCAAAUAGUUAAACAAAAUAAUUGUACAAUUAUUAAAAAUGAUAAACAACAUGAAUACAGUCCUAUAAAUGAUGAUACAAAUAACAAUAACAGUAAUACCAUUGUUGAUAACAACAAUACAACAAAAAUGAAUACAACACAACAAUUUCAUACAGAUUCUGCCUCUACAACAGUCAAUAUUGAAGAUGCUUCUAGAAUAAUGUUUGAUCGUAAUUCAACAACAGAUGCUGAUAAGCAUGUUAAUGAUACAUUUAUAGGAUCCCUAUUUACAAAUGCCCCACAUGAUAUUGGAUAUUUAUUGGAUAUUAAGACACAAAGUGCUGGUGGCUCUGAUAAAAAGUAAAAAUGGAUUCAUUAAAUUCGAACCGAUCUCUCACAAAGUUUCCUAAUGUUAUGUUCCCAUAUUGUGUGUUCAAAAAAACAUUUUAAUUCAUAUAAAACAGGACCUAAUCUAGAGCCUAGAAAUAAUGCGCCCUUCCAUAUCCACACUCUGUCUUCAUUAUCAUUAAUUGUAUUCCUAUUUUUUUUGUUCAUGUGUUUUUUGGUUUUUUAUUUCGAAUUUAUGAAA